UUUUGGUUGCCUACUGAUGAAUUUGAUUCGAAUUAUAUUCCUAUAUUGUUUAUCACUUUUUUGUUAACAUAUGUGCCCGAUACUGGAAUUUUCUUUCGAGAAAAACGCAUUUUGUUACUUAUGAAUUUGGAAAGUAGAAGUCUUGUUGAUUGUGAAAAUAACGUUAUUUUCCUUAUUUCUCAAGAAUAUAUUGCGUAUUGGUUUCUUUGAAGAAGCAAUAUAUUACCCUUAUUAGGGGAUUAUCUGAGUACAAAGAACGAGUUUCUUUCUUCUAAGGCCGCCCAAUAACCAAAGGCCUUUUGUUUUUUUGUCUCCAAUUUUCCAACAUCAAUUUACGUUUUGAAUAAAACGUAAUAUUCAAGUUCACCGACCAUUGAGAAAUUGCCUAACACCCUGCAACAGUUAGAUGGUUAUAUGCUGCGGAUCUUUGGAUUGUUCCUUCCAUUUUUUAAGUUCUGGACACAGGAUUUUGAAUUGAAGUUAAUUUGAAUAAUACAUUCAGCCCUUCUGAUUCUUCGGUUGGUUUUUGUGCGAUCUCAAGAAGCUAUAGCGAAUUGGUAUUCAAAUCCAGGAUGACCAAAAGGUCGAAGAAAAGGAAUUGAUGGAAGGGUCUUAGAGCAUGAUUUGACCUCUUCUGAGGUUGGGUCGCUAAGGGAUCUCCCUGAAGUCAUUCCCAACUGUAGCCAUCGAUGGACCAUAAGCGUUAAAUGCAAGACUUUGGAAAACGUCACUUACUGGAACAUUGAAGAGGAUGAAAAAAGUAAGGAUAUUAGAACCGAGAACAGCGCAGAAUCUUAGUAUACUUCUAAGAGGUUCACUGAAGCACAUUGAUUACGAUGAAAUUAAGAACUUCAUACUGCGAUGCGAUGAUAAGGUUCUUACUGGAACAAUCGUGGAUCAGCUUAUACAGUAUUUACCCAGUGCAGAACAAAUGGAAAAGCUUAAAGAAUUCAAGGACCCUUAUGAAGAAUUAACAGAGGCGGAACAAUUCUGUUUGAAAAUAUCAGAGAUAGAAAGGCCACUGCCCAGGUUGAAAUCUUUGCAAUUUAUUCACUUCUACCAUGAGAUCAAAAGUGACAUGAAACCUAGAAAUCUAAUCAGGAUGAUAGUGCCAGAGUUAAAGAGCUCCAAAGACAACUGGGAGAGGCUCUACAAGCUAAAGUGGAAAUAGAAGCUAAACUUAACACAUUAAAAUCAGCAAGUAG